AUGACGAAGCGCACGAAGAAGGUCGGUGUUACCGGCAAGUACGGUACUAGAUACGGUGCCUCCCUCCGAAAACAAGUCAAGAAGAUGGAAAUCACUCAGCACGCCAAGUAUACCUGCACUUUCUGCGGAAAGGUCACAGUCAAGCGCCACUCAGUCGGUAUCUGGAACUGCAAGUCAUGUGGAAAGACCGUUGCCGGAGGAGCCUACACCGUAUCAACCGCUGCCGCCGCCGCCAUGCGAUCGACACUACGACGAUUGAGGGAGAUCCAGGAGGUUUAA